GUGCGCAGCUGCUGACACUCGUCAAGAAUUGCGGUGUGGGAUAGCCUGGAAAGUGAGUGAAGACCAGAGUUACCCUGUCGAGCAGCGCUUUUGUUUUUCAGGGAGACAUUUCCCACAAGUAUGCAAGGUGUUCGACACAGGAUGCAAAAGGCAUUACUUUGAGCUCGCGUCUGGAAACACUGGAGCAAGUUCGUCCCGCGUCUGACCGGCAGCCUCCAGCGGGAUUAUUCACAACACCAAACCCUCUCUCUCUCUCUCUCAUCGAUGCAAACGACUGCGUGUUUACAGUAAAUAUGCGUCGGCCUGUUAACGAAUAGCAUUUAGAAGACGUUUCGUUUGGGGCAAGGAGGCGUUUGGGAGCUUUUCAAGAUAAUCGGCGCUAACAGUUUUCGGAGGUUUCCACGGACUGAGCGCGGGACUGCUUACAGUUACUCAUGUAGCAGUUUCACAUCGAUCUCUGGGUCUCUUUUAGAGACACGGUUUCAUCAGCACGCUGUUGCAACAACUGGCGCAGGUUUUUAACAUCUGAAGAAUGUAGUUCAUUCCCCGUGGACAGCGCGAGCUUCUGCUGAACUGAUUAGCGUCUCUCAUCAAGUGUGAAAUCGCACUUCUUGCUCCCGUUUUAUUGUUUUGAUUAGGGUUUUUACGUUUUAACCUGCUAUUUUCCCCCGUUGUAUAUAGCAUUUCGAGUCUUUUUUGCUGCGACUAGAAGAAGGAAGCAUUUACUUUUGGAGAAUAUUUGCUUUUAUUUCACGAUGUACGAGAGUGUGGACGUUGUUGGGCUGACCCCUAGUCCGAACCCGUUUUUAAGCAUGGAUUACUACCACCAGAACCGCGGCUGUCUGAUCCCGGAGAAAGGCCUCGUGUCGGGAGCGGCCCGCGGCUUCAGGACCCCGCACUGGAGCGGCUCCGAUCACUCUGUGGAGACCCAGAGCACAAGCUCAGAGGAGAUCGUACCAAGCCCACCUUCUCCACCUCCUCCACCACGGGUCUACAAGCCCUGUUUCGUCUGCCAGGACAAGUCCUCAGGCUACCAUUAUGGAGUUAGUGCAUGUGAAGGGUGCAAGGGCUUUUUCCGAAGGAGCAUUCAGAAGAACAUGGUGUACACCUGCCACAGAGAGAAGAGCUGUAUCAUCAACAAGGUCACCCGAAACCGCUGCCAGUACUGCCGGCUGCAGAAGUGCCUGGAAGUGGGCAUGUCUAAAGAAUGUAAGUGUCUUUGUUGCUAUACUACAUGCACUAAAAGUCCCUUAAUCAUGAAUGACUGGACAAGUCAUGGAAACUCAUUUGUCAAAGGGUGUCACUCGUUUUUUUUAUUCAGCUCUUUUCCUCUCUGGAAAUACUGCAAGGAAUGUAUUUCUAUAUGCCUGUUCGAGCGGGUUAGGAAGGCCCAUCAGGAAACCUUCCCCUCCCUGUGCCAGCUGGGCAAAUACACCACGAACAACAGUGCAGAACAGAGGGUCGCUCUAGAUGUUGACCUGUGGGACAAGUUCAGUGAACUCUCCACCAAAUGCAUUAUUAAAACGGUGGAGUUCGCCAAGCAGCUGCCGGGCUUCACCACACUCACUAUCGCAGAUCAGAUCACCCUGUUAAAGGCCGCCUGUCUCGACAUCCUGAUUCUGCGAAUAUGUACACGCUACACACCGGAUCAGGACACCAUGACGUUUUCAGACGGUCUGACACUGAACCGCACGCAGAUGCACAACGCCGGCUUCGGUCCACUGACGGAUCUGGUUUUCGCUUUCGCCAACCAGCUCCUGCCUCUUGAGAUGGAUGAUGCAGAGACGGGGCUUCUCAGCGCCAUCUGUCUGCUGUGUGGAGAUCGGCAGGAUCUGGAGCAGUCGGAUAAGGUGGAUGUGCUUCAGGAGCCGCUGCUGGAGGCCCUAAAGAUCUACGUGAGAAAGAGGAGGCCUCAUAAACCACACAUGUUCCCCAAGAUGCUGAUGAAGAUCACAGACCUGAGGAGCAUCAGCGCUAAAGGAGCCGAGCGAGUAAUAACGCUGAAAAUGGAGAUUCCCGGCUCCAUGCCUCCACUCAUUCAGGAGAUGCUGGAGAAUUCGGAGGGUCUGGAGGGUGGCGGGGGGGCGAGAGGAGGAGGAAAAGGAGCGCCACCAGGAAGCUGCAGCCCCAGUUUGUCUCCCAGCUCGGCACACAGCAGCCCCUCAGCUCACUCCCCCUGAGUCUCACCCCCAAACAGGGCUCCGUACGGAACGAAACUGGUUCCAAACCAGAAAUAAGCCACAGCCGACCAGCGCCAGAAACCGGAAUUCCGGUAGACUUUGAUCUGGGCUGACCGGACCCGAACAGUUAAUCUGGCCGGCUUUCAUUAGCUGAAGACCAAUUGAGUUACACACAGGCCGAGCCUGCUCAAAACUCACGCUGUCAUUAAAACCACCAGUGAUUCAGUGACUACCAGAACCCUGCAGCUUUUCACGUGGCGGUGAUCUAUGAAGACGGCAGAACAAACGCCCCGUGUGUGCAGAAGCGGCUCUUUUCUGUGUCUUCCCAGCUCUGCUCCCAUCACACAAACUGUGAAGGCCCAGAUAAGCUCUCCUUCUCGUCUGAGGGACGCUUUCUCUUGAGCCUGUGACGUUAUACAUUUCAAUCCCUUAAAAGCAAGCUAAAGGACAUUAGGACGUCAAAUGUCCACAAGUCAGGGACAUUUUGAUCUUUCCAGCUGUUUUGGUUCUUUGUUUUCUUACAAAAGGAUAUAUGAAUAUAUGAAAUCUAUAUUGACAGAAAAAAAUGAGAUUUGAAUUUUGUGUCUUAGGUGAAAUGCAGAACAGUUCUUAUCUUUUCUCUCUCACUUUUCUCAAGAGUUAAACACGGUUAUGGUCGACCCACUGUUAUGUUUACUCCAAGACAGUCCUGUUCACGUCAUGCACAAGGGCACGUCACACUAGCACUGAAAAUCAUGCGAUUUUGUUCAGUGAGGAAAUGAUUUGGAGACGUAUUCACAAUGAUCAACUUGGCAGUUGUGGCAAAGAAAUGAAGGAUCUCAUGUAAACAAGCAGCUUGUGAUUAUGAUGAUGUGUUUGAGAUCUCAGAGCGGUAAAUGCCUUUGUGUAAUGUGUAUCUUUUUAAUAUUGUUUCUUAAUUUUUGUAAUUGUCAACUGUCAAAAGACAGAGACCCCCUCUACACAGUAUUAGCAGAUUAUAAAAUAAAAAAGAGGUUUCCAAACA